CGUGGAGCCUCCGCGCCGGCUCAGCUCUCGCGAGACGGGGGCCGCACGCGUCUGAGGAGGGCCCGCGAGCUCGGGCCGCCCCCGCCGCCGCCUCCCGCUCGGCGCCCUGAGGUGGGCGCGGGUCGCCAUGGGGAAGGCCAGGUCCGCCGGGGGGGCCCCGGCGGGCGCGCGGGGCGGCCGGGCGAGGCCCAGCGCCAACCCGUUCGAGGUGAAAGUCAACCGGCAGAAGUUCCAGGUCCUGGGCAGGAAGACGCGCCACGACGUGGGGCUGCCCGGCGUGUCGCGCGCGCGGGCCCUGCGGAAGCGCUCCCAGACUUUGCUAAAGGAAUACAAAGAAAGGGAUAAGUCCAACGUAUUUAGAGAUAAACGCUUUGGAGAAUACAAUACCCAUAUAAGCCCAGAGGAGAAGAUGUUGAAGAGGUUUGCUCUGGAACAACAGCGACAACAUGAAAAGAAAAGCACCUACCGUCUAAACGAGGAUGAAGAGUUAACUCAUUACGGCCAGUCUCUGGCGGACGUCGAAAAGUGUAACGACGUUGUCGACAGCGACAGCGAUGCGGAGGACCAGGGAGCGCUGUCGGCCGAGUUGACUGCGGCCCAUUUUGGAGGCGGCGGCGGGCUGCUUCACAAGAAGACCUCUCAGCAGCAAGGCGAGGAGAGGGAACAGCCCAAGUCACGCAGAGAGCUGAUCGACGAGCUUAUCGCUAAGUCAAAGCAGGAGAAGAGGGAGAGACAAGCUCAACGAGAAGAUGCCCUUGAACUCACAGAGAAGCUAGACCAAGACUGGAAAGAAAUCCAGACUCUCCUGGCUCGCAAAACGCCCAAGUCAGAGAGCAAAGAUGGAAGGGAGAAACCCAAGCCUGAUGCAUAUGACGUGAUGGUUCGUGAGCUCGGCUUUGAAAUGAAAGCACAGCCCUCGAACAGGAUGAAGACGGAGGAGGAGUUGGCUAAGGAGGAACAGGAGCGGCUCAGACGCCUGGAGGCUGAAAGGCUCCGAAGGAUGCUUGGAAAGGAUGAGGAUGAAUGUAUUAAGAGACCAAAACACAUGUCGGCAGAUGACUUAAGUGAUGGCUUCGUACUAGACAAAGAUGACAGGCGUUUGCUUUCUUACAAAGAUGGAAAGAUGAACGCCGAGGAGGAGCCAGGCGGGGAAGAGGAGGAGCCAGGCGGGGAAGAGGAGGAGGGUGAGAGCAAGGAGGAAGAGGGCGAUGGCUCGAGCACGGGGGACCCGGAGGAGAGCGACGGCCCCGACGGCCACUCGGACCUGGAGUCUGACGUGGAGAGCGAGGAUGGGAGCGAGAGGCCCCAGGGGCAGCAGCACCCGACGCGUGGGGAGCCGUCGGCAGCCGAUGGGCGGGAGGCAGCCAGGGCCGAGCUGCCCUAUACGUUCGCAGCUCCCGAAUCCUACGAAGAGCUGACGUCUUUACUAUUGGGAAGAUCGAUGGAAGAGCAGCUUUUGGUUGUGGAGAGAAUUCAAAAAUGCAACCAUCCAAGUCUCGCAGCAGGAAACAAAGCAAAACUAGAAAAACUGUUCGGCUUCCUUUUGGAAUACGUCGGAGAUUUGGCCACGAGUGACCCACCGGACCUUGGUGUGAUCGAUAAGUUGGUUGUGCAGUUGUAUAGUCUUUGCCAGAUGUUUCCGGAAGCUGCAAGCGACGCCGUGAAAUUUGUGCUCCGGGACGCCAUGCACGAGAUGGAGGGCGUGGUUGAGACCAGAGGCCACGCAGCCUUCCCGGGCCUGGACGUGCUCGUUUACUUGAAAAUUGCUGGGAUCUUGUUUCCGACCUCCGACUUCUGGCACCCGGUGACCACGCCCGCGCUGCUGUGUAUGAGCCAGCUGCUCACCAAGUGCCCCGUCCAGUCGCUGCAGGACGUGGUGAAGGGGCUCUUCGUGUGCUGCGUGUUCCUGGACUACGUGUCUCUGUCCCGGAGGUUCAUCCCUGAGCUCAUCAGUUUUCUUGUUGGGAUUCUUUACAUUGCAACUCCGAACAAGCAGAGCCGAGGUUACAUGCUGGUGCACCCUUUCAGAGCACUUGGGAAGAACUCGGAGUUGCUCUUGGUUUCUGAUGAGAAGGACAUGGCCUCGUGGCCGAGGAGAAGCCUGUCCCUCCAGUGGGCAGUGGGGCUGAGAGCCCAGAGUGAGACGGAGGCCAACCACACCAGGCUGUCCUGCCUGGCCGUGUGUCUGGCCCUGGUGAAGCGCUGUGUGCUCACCUAUGGCACCCUGCCCUCCUUCCACGACAUCAUGCGGCCCCUUCGAGCCCUCCUCACGGAGCACCUGGCUGCCCACGACCGCCCACCCGAGCUGCAGCUUUCUCCCGUGUCUCAGGAGCUGAGCCAGAGCAUUUUGAUGGAGAUGGAAAACCAGCCGCAGCACUACCCGCCACUGGUCUGUGAGAAGAGCAAGCCGGUGCCGCUGAAACUCUUCACCCCCCGGCUGGUCAAAGUCCUGGAGUUUGGGAAGAAGCAGGGCAGCACGAGGGAGGAGCAGGAGCGGAGGCGGCUGGUCCACAAACACAAGCGCGAGUUCAAAGGUGCCGUCCGGGAAAUCCGCAAGGACAACCAGUUCCUGGCCCGGAUGCAGCUCGCGGAGAUCGUGCAGCGGGAUGCGGAAAGAAAACGAAAAGUGAAGCAGCUUUUUAACAGCCUGGCCACACAGGAAGGUGAAUGGAAGGCUCUGAAGAGAAAGAAGUUCAAAAAAUAAUGUUUUAUAAAUCAGACAAGGAGAUUAUAUAACAAAAGCCAUAGGGAUGCUGUAAGGCCAGAGAGUUUUUCCCUGUACUUCAGUUCCUGUUAAAACAUCUCUCCUGACGAACUGCACUUUUGGAAUUAGGACCAAAGCCUCUGUGGGAGCUAAGUACUGAUAAACUGUAAACGACCUCUGUC